GUUAAAAUCAACAUAACCAAAGUAACAAUGUGCAAAUCUAAAUAAAAUAUAAGAUCAAUCAAUGAUCACAAAAAUUCAAAUUUGUUGAGAAACAGAACGCAUUACUUUACGUACGUUUGUAUUCAAGUGUAAAAGUAAAAAUGGGAAGGAAAAAAUAUAAUUGGAAGGCGAGAAAUAUCCCAGAAGUUGAAAUUGACAAUUCUACGACUAAAAAGAUUCCUAUAGACAUAAAAUAUCGUGAAGAUAAUUACGAUAACUGUAACGCGUUAGUUCUCCCAAAUGAGAAAAGAAGAACAAAGAGCAAAGUUAAGAAAGUCACUACUACACGGUUGUUAUCUAAGAAACGUAGAAAACAAUUAGAGAAAGUUAUAGAAAAGAAGAAGAAAAAGAUACGUAGGACUGAACUUUUAGAGGAAUUGGGGAAAGUUCAAGCACCGCAGGAAGAACUGAAGCAAUAUAUAUCUUUGACCAGUGUACAAACUAAAGGACUGAAACGUCACUUUAGAGAAAUGCAAUUACCUGUUAAGGAACAUAUGAUCAAAUCAAAUAAUGAAAAUGAAGACACGUCAGAAGCACCCGUAAAUGCUAUUAAAGGUAGCAAGAAGAGAAGGAUGGCAAUUUUAACACAACAAAAAGCACAGGAUGCUGUUUCAGAUCCAAACAUCAUUGGAUUUGAUGAACCUAGCAAUAGUGAAUCUGAAUCUAAUUCUGAGGACAAUGAAGACAGAGAGGAGAAAGAUACAGCAGAAACUUCAGAAGAAAAUGAAAAUAUUCCAAACAAAGAAGAUAAUAUUGUAGAGAAUAAUAUAAUAAAAAGUACUGUGGAAGAACAGGAAAAGCCAAUCGAAAACCAAACCACUAUAAGUAAAGAAUUGUUAAAACCACAGCAGCCAAUAGAAAGAACGCCUGCCACGUUUGUAAUACUGGAAAGGAAACCAGAAAUCCAAGCAGCUAGAUUAAAGUUGCCAGUGGUAGCAGAAGAACAAGCUAUAAUAGAAACAAUUAAUGAAAAUCCUGUAGUAAUAAUCACUGGUGAAACGGGAAGUGGUAAAACAACUCAGGUACCCCAAUUUCUCUAUGAAGCUGGCUAUGCUCAAGAAAAGGUAAUUGGAAUAACAGAACCUAGAAGAGUAGCAGCUAUAUCUAUGAGCAAACGUGUCGCCGAAGAGAUGAAUCUCACUGAAGAAGAAGUUUCUUAUUUGAUUCGUUUUGAAGGGAAUGUUACAUCAGGGACAAAAGUCAAAUUUAUGACUGAUGGCGUAUUAUUAAAAGAAAUACAGAGCGAUUUUUUACUAACGAAAUAUUCGAUAAUCAUCCUCGACGAAGCGCACGAACGUAGUGUGUAUACUGAUAUUCUGAUAGGCUUGCUAUCACGAAUUGUACCACUUCGAAAUAAAAGGAAGAAUCCUCUGAAGCUCGUGAUCAUGUCAGCCACUUUACGCGUGGAGGAAUUUGUAGAAAAUAGUAAAUUGUUCAAAACGAAACCGCCAGUAUUAACAGUGGAAUCGAGACAGUUUCCUGUUACAAUACAUUUUAAUAAAAGGACAAGCAUCAAUUACGUUUCUGAUGCUCUAAAGAAAGCCAUAAAAAUACAUACUCGCCUUCCCGAUGGUGGAAUCUUAAUAUUUUUAACAGGGCAACGGGAAGUAAAUUAUGUAGUACGUAAAUUACGCAGAGCUUUUUCCAUGAAGAAUAAAAAGGAAAUUGCAAACAAGAUGAAAGAACCACAGAAGACUAAUGAUUCUUCAAGGAAAGAGGAUGAUAUAAAAAACAACAGUGAUAAUGAGGACAAGAGUGAUAAUAGUGAUGGCGAUGAUGAUGAUGAUGAUUUUCGUUGCAAGGAAGCUAUUCGUUACAACAAAUUACGACAAAAGAAGAAAGUUCAAUUACCAAAUAUUAACCUGGAUGACUACUCUGUGAUUCCUACCGAUGACACUCACGAAGAUUUAAUUGGCGCAGAAGAUGACGAAGAAAUACAAUUAGACGAGGAUGAAGAUGAAGAUGACGACGUAAUUGACUUAAAAGCUUGUGUAGAUGCACAACCAUUGUGGGUUUUACCAUUAUAUUCUCUGCUUCAGAGCCACAAACAAGCAAGGGUAUUCGAGCCGCCCCCAGAAGGACACCGUUUAUGUGUAGUAUCAACAAACGUAGCAGAAACUUCUUUAACUAUACCUAACAUAAAGUAUGUAGUAGACUGUGGACGUUGUAAAACGAGAAUGUACGAUAAAGUAACUGGAGUAAGCACAUACAGAAUCUGCUAUACUAGCAAGGCAUCUGCUAAUCAACGAGCAGGGAGAGCUGGUAGAACUGGUCCUGGACAUUGUUACAGGUUGUACUCUUCAGCAGUGUUCAAUGAUCAGUUUGAACAGUUUAGUCAAUCAGAGAUUCAAAAGAAACCUGUGGAUGAUCUACUGUUACAGAUGAAAGUCAUGAAUAUUGAUAAGGUUGUUAAUUUCCCAUUCCCAACUCCACCGGAUACUAUACAAUUACAAAUUGCUGAAAAAAGAUUGAUGAUACUUGGAGCUUUACAACAACAAACUUCAGGCAAAGAAGGUUCCUAUAGUGCAAAAGUAACGCCACUCGGUCGCAGUAUCGCUGCAUUUCCAGUUGCUCCCCGUUAUGGAAAGAUGUUGGCUCUCUCUCAUCAAUAUGACCUUCUGCAGUAUACAGUGUGUAUGGUGGCUGCACUUUCUGUCCAAGAAGUAUUGAUGGAAGCAUUCGAUAUGGACGGCGAUUCUCGAAAUAAAUGGUUGCAAAUGAGGCGCUUCUGGGCUGGCACCGGAAAUAGCUUACUUCUUGGCGAUCCGAUGGUCUUAAUUAGGGCUGUGGGAAGUGCAGAAUAUGCUGGAACUAAAGGGAGAUUACUUCCUUUUUGCGAAGAGCAUGGUUUGCGACACAAAGCAAUUGUGGAAAUUCGAAAGCUCCGGCAGCAGCUAACGAACGAAAUUAAUUUGAAUAUUGUGGAUUUGAAUCUCACUAUUAACCCACAGAUGAAACCUCCAGUCGAUAUAGAAGCCAAAUUACUCAGGCAAAUAGUCCUUGCAGGAAUGGCUGAUCAAGUUGCAAGAAAAGUGAUGCCAGAUGAAGUUAAUGAAGAUCAAGAUAAAGCUAAAUGGAAAUACGCUUACAAAACCACAGAUAUGGAGGAUCCAGUAUUCAUACAUUCCUCAUGUGUUCUUCGAAAAACCUGCCCUGAAUGGGUAGUUUAUCAGGAAAUAUACGAGACGAAUAAAAUGUACAUGCGUGGUGUUACAGCUAUAGAAGCCGAAUGGUUACCUAAAUUUGCUCCAUCUCUAUGUCAGCUUGGAGAACCUUUGACUGAUCCACCACCAAGGUAUGAUCCAGAAACUGGGAAGGUAAUGUGCAGUAUGGCAGGAACAUUUGGAAGAGCAGGUUGGAAGUUACCAGUAAUGGAUGUGGAGUACCCACUAUCCGUAGAUGGAGUUAAAUGGUUUGCAUGUUUCCUUUUAGAAGGAAAAGUGUGUCCAAAAUUGAAACAAUUCGUUCCUUCAUUGUUAUCGACUCCCCAAAGUAUUAACAAGACAUGGGCUAAAUUAAUACCACGAACACAGGAAAUGACGCAAUUAUUGCUGUCUCGUGGAAUUAUGUCAAGAGGACAAUUACUAGAAACUUGGAAAGUAGAUAAAAAUUUCCUUCUGUCUGCUUAUCAGAAAUGGUUACCAGAAUCAGCUCAUGGACACGUUAUGCUCAUUUGGCCACCUGUAUGACAAAUUUAGUAUCUGACCCUGUAUUCACGAAUUGUAUGUAUAUUUUACAUACCCGAAUUUUGUAAUAUACAAUUAUUUAAUACAGUAAUAUAUUUCAACAACA